CUCCUAUGUGCACUCCACUUAGGACUAUUUCUACACUCCCCAUUAUACUACCAAUAGCUUCUCCGAAAGCCUUUUACUCCGAGUUCUAUUACUUCCGCACAGAUGGAGGGGGAUACCGAUGACUCCGUGACUGAUGACACCUCCACUCUGGAUAAACCCCAGAAAGAAGGGCAUGAAAGACCACUAGAGUGCCAGGCACGAGCUUGUAACCGCUGUCGACAGCGCAAGAUUCGCUGUGAUCGCUCGACACCCUGUUCACAAUGCAUUCGUGCAAAGACUCGAUGUAUGUACUCAGGGCGCUAUAAACCUAGAGAAAAAAGGCAAAGGGUAUUGAUUUCUGCCCAGUAGUGAGUAUUCCGCCAUAUAACCGGAUCUCUUGUGAGCACUCACUCAGUAUCAAU